AUCUGAAAGCAUUCAAAAUUUUAGAGAUUUCUUUUGAAACAGUUAUCUUCUCAAAUCAAUACAGCAAUGGGUUUCCGUUUACCUAUUAUCAAAAAGGCCUUAUUUGCAGCAAAUCAAGCAUCUUCGAAAGCAGUGGAUGCACAAAAGGGCCAUCUUGCAGUCUAUGUCGGAGAGAAAAUGAAGCGUUUCGUGAUCCCUGUGUCAUACCUGAAUCAACCAUCGUUCCAAGACUUGUUGAGUAAAGCUGAGGAAGAGUUUGGAUAUGAUCAUCCAAUGGGUGGCCUCACAAUUCCUUGCAGUGAAGAUGUCUUCUUAAGUAUAACUUCUUGCUUGAAUUGACCUUAAAUCUCACUUUAAUCGACUGACAUAGAUUAGUAGAGGCAUUUUUCACAAUACGCAUCUGCUGAGCUUGUAAACAUCUACUUUAUCUAGAAAGAGUUCAAAGAAAAGUAGUGACAAAAUCAGUGUAUAUAAUAUUUUUGUUUAACUAAAUUGAAUUCAACUACUCAAGCAGUUCCUUCGCAGUUUCCUGUUUAA